GAAUAUUCUUAAUCGAUAUAUUUCGAUAGUGGUGACUUUCGGACUGAGGACAUUCGGCGCAGUGUUUUUUUGCAAAUUGUACUUGUUUACUUCAAAUUAUUUGCUGGGACUGCAUUGCUCUAUAUAUUUUAAGCUUCAAUAUGAAUGCAUUACGGUAUUCAUCUCGCCUGUAUCGUAAUUUUGGGACAUCUAGUAAGAAGAUGAGAGAUUUAGCAGAGUUGAAGGAGUUGCAGAGGCAAUUCCAAGUUGAUGAUGGAGUUCCAGUCUAUUUAAAGCGGGGCCCAAGGGACAAGAUUUUCUUCUCUGUUGUUUGUCUUGGAUUAGGUGUUUGCCUAGCUGAUGCUUUAACUACUGUUUACAAAUUGAUAUAUCCUCCCAAACCAUCAUAAUUUUGGAAUUAUUAAAGUGUACCUCUUCAUGUUUAUAGUAUGUUUCACUAAUGUGUAACAGUAUAUAACUGAUGAUUUGUAAUUGAUAGAAAAUAAAACAUUCUAUAUCAUUUAGUGAAA